AUGGACAGUGAUGACGGGCCUCUCGACUCGGACCCGACCAAGGCCAAUGUGCCUUUGGAAACGGCUGGAUGCUUGGGAGAGCUCACUCCAGAGGAACUGCUGCUGGAAAAGAAACUGCUGCGGAAGAUUGACAGGCUGAUCAUGCCAACCGUCGUCUCUGUCUAUCUGAUGAACUACAUGGAUCGCAACAACUAUGCUUCUGCACGGCUGCAAGGUCUCGAAAGGGACCUUAACCUGACUCCGUCGCAGUACCAGACCGGUCUGUCCGUGCUGUUUAUCAGCUAUAUCGCCAUGCAGGUCCCUUCAAACCUGCUGCUCAACUAUGCUGGUCGACCGUCUUUGUAUCUCGGAUUCUUCACCGUCGCCUGGGGCUGCGUCUCAGCGUUGACGAGUCUGGUGCGAAAUUAUCCGCAAAUUCUGGCCUGUCGGCUUGUUCUCGGAUUCUUGGAGGCGCCCUUCUUCGCUGGCGUGCUAUUCUACCUUUCAAAAUGGUAUACCAAAAAGGAACUCACGCUCCGGAUGAGCAUCUUUUACGCUGGAUCACUACUGAGCGGUGCAUUUGGAAAUUUAGUCGCGGCGGGCAUAUUGAAGGGCUUAGCCGGAAAAUACGGGCUUUCGGCAUGGCAAUGGCUGUAUAUCACAGAGGGAACCGUCACCAUCUCCAUGGGGUUGCUCAUCUGUGCAAUCCUGCCCGACUUCCCGGACACAUGGAGGCUCUUGACGCCCGAACUGAAGCGGGUCGCAAAUCGACGACUCGCUAUCGAAGCUGCUGAAGCAGACGUUGAUGCUACGGGGGGCAUGAGCCAGCUCGUCGGCUUCAAGCUCGCCAUGACCGACGUCAAAACCUACCUUCUUGCCAUCGCCUUCAUGGCCAACAAUUGCGCCAGCGGCUUCCAAUACUUCUUCCCGACGCUCACCGCCACACUGGGCCUCAGCGACACCGUCUCCCUCCUCCUCGUCGCACCGCCCUACAUCUUCAUCCUCAUCUACAACAUCUUCCACUCCCACAUCUCCGACCACCUCGGCAAUCGAUUCUGGUUCUUCAUCUACCCCAUCCCCAUCUCCAUCGUCGGAUUCACCAUCUUCAUGACCACCAGCGCCUUUGCGCCGCGCUACUUCUCCCUGUUCCUCAUGAGCUUUGUCUUCACAAUGGUGCCUACCUGCUACUCCUGGAUCGCGAGCGCGAUCCCCCGACCCCCCGCCAAACGAGCCACCGCCUACGCGUUCAUCAACUCGGUGGGUAACACGGCCGGCAUCUGGACGCCGUAUACCUAUCGGGAUCGGGACGCGCCGCAUUAUCGGCUGGCGCUGGGGUUGUGUGUCGCCCUGCAGCUGGUGGCGGGGUUGAUGGCGGUGAUUCUGCGCUGGUAUCUAGUGAGGCAGAAUCAAGAGCUGGAGCAGAUGGAAGGGGAGGGGGAGGGAGCGGAGGAGCGAGUGAGGUUGAUGGGCGAGGAGGCUGGAGAGCAUACGGCUACGCAGCUUCCAAAGGGGUUUCGGUACAUGCUCUGA